AUGUCCUCCCCAACCCCAACCCCAACCCCAACCCCAGCCGCCCCUCUCGCCCCCCUCCUCCGCACUCUCCCCUCCCUCAAAGGCCCCUUCCCUCCGCCCAACACGUCCGAACUCCCUCCAACCCCCCAAGGCGCCUUCCACGCCUGGCUCUCCGACGCCAUCGCCCACGGCGUCAAAGAGCCGCACGCCAUGACGCUCUCCACCGUUGGCGCAGACGGCGCACCCGACGCCCGCGUCCUCAUUCUCAAGAACGUGGACGCCCGCGGCUGGCAUUUCGCGACCAAGGCGGAUAGUCCGAAGGGGGUGCAGAUCGGGCAGGAGGACAGGGUGGCGCUGACGUUUUACUGGGCGGCGCUGGGGCGCCAGGUCAGAAUCCGGGGGCGGGCGGCGGCGCUGGGGGCGGAGGAGUGCGCGGCGGAUUUCCGGGCCAGGCCAGUGGGGGCGCGGGCUGUGGCUGUGGCGUCGAGGCAGAGUGCGGUCAUGGUAGAUAGGGAGGAGCUUCAGGGACAGAUUACGGAGGCGAGGAGGAUGCUGGAGGAGGAGGGGCAAGGGUACGUGGCGCCGGAGUGGCGGGUGUAUGCUGUUGACCCGGAGACUGUGGAGUUCUGGCAGGGGGCGGAGGAUAGAAGGCAUCAGCGGGUGAGGUAUGAGAAGCAAGGGGUGGAGGGAGAAUGGGAAAAGGUGAUGCUGUAUCCGUAG